ACACAUCCUAGCUUAGGCAGACACUCACAUCCAGCUGUACGCCCGCUCGGAAGCUUGCCGCGCGGCGACGGCCUUGGCCUUUUCGGCAGCCUUCUCGAGGCGCCGCGCCUUCUUCGACGUCUUGCCCGCGGCGCGCUGUUCCGCGCAGGCGGCCUUCGACGCGUCGCUCACGGUCCCGAGCUCGAAGUGCUGGCCGCCUCUCGCGGCCGCGCCGGCGACGCGUUUUUCUACCGAGGCGUUGAUCAUUUUCGUGGCACUGUCGUGGUGCUUCCGUCUCACCGUCUUCUUCGCGGCGGCGCCGGUGCGCUGGCGUUUGGUGAGGGGCUUCUUCUUCGGGUUUUGUUUUUUUUUGGGUUUGGCGCGGAGGCCCUGGGCCAUGUUGGCUCGAUGGCGUUGCUGGGUGCAGUGCUGGUUGCUGUCGUCGCGGCAGCUGGCGUCAACCGCAAUGCGUAUCGGUGCUGCGCGCGCCCGUGAGAGAGCGAUGCUGCUUGCUCUCCCAGUGCAGUGUUCAGUGCAGAGCUCGUCGCCGCUGCAAUUUGCUCGCUGCUUGCGUUGUUAUAGAUCGAUGCCGUCGCCCUGCCGCGGCGUCAAAUCAAUACGGCGCUCGUACGACGCGCAUACAACAUGCAGCCUCGACAGCCUC